UUACAACUCUUCAACAAAAAGGAAGCUAAAGUAAGAACACUGGAAUGAGAAAUUAAGGAGAUAGCCAAUUGAAAGUUGAAGCUCCACUUUGGCACGCAGGUUUCAAGGGUUUUCUUGUGUGACAUGAUCACACUUAUGGGAACUUGUUUUAGAAAUAUUAUCUCCAUGGAUAUCUGAAGUGGUGUGUGCACCCUCAAGUGAUGAAGCCCCAAUCUGAAAACCACUCUACAGAACCCAGGAAUCUGGGCCACUCUUCAAGUGCCAACUUCAAUGGAAUCAAUUUUGGUGAAGUUGAAGCCAAGCACCGAAUGCUUUUGGUCCAGUGGCUAAAUAGUCUUCUUCCAACGUUGAACUUGCCGGUAAAUAUCACAGAUGAUGAGCUAAGAGUAUGCUUGAACAAUGGUACAAUUUUAUGUCAAAUAAUGAACAAGCUACGACCUGGUUCAGUAAGUGAGGUCAGUGAAUUUGAUAAUUCUCCGUCAGCAAAGUCAGAGAAUGUUAAGAGAUUCCUGAAAGCCAUAGAUGCAUUGGGCAUGCCCAAGUUUGAAAUAUCAGACCUAGAGAAGGGCCAUAUGAAGUCUGUUGUGGAUUGUCUUUUAACACUUAGAGCCAAAAGUUUACAGAAUGCUUGGGGAGACAAUAUUUCUAUGACUAAUUCCAAAGUCAGAUCCAUCAUGAGUUCACCUUCAUCACAUGGGGGUGACCAGAGGAAGAAUCCAUCAGAAUCAAAGUUCCAAAGUGUUUUGCGUAGUCCGGUAAUGGCUGAGCCAUCGGCUGCAUUAUUACACCAUGUAGGUCAUAAAUUUCACGAGGUGUUUCAAAUGAAACAUGGAAGCUAUGCUGAACUUCCUGCUGCCAAAAUCUCAGAACUGAUGAAAUCUACCAGUUUAAAUAAUGCUCCUACUCAAUCACUUUUGAGUGUUGUGAACGCUAUUUUGGAAGAAAGUGUUGAAAGAAGAAAUAGUGAAAUACCCCAUCGCGUGGCUGUCUUGUUGAGAAAAGUUGUCCAGGAGAUUGAGCGGCGCAUAUCGACUCAAGCAGAUCAUAUAAAAACACAAAACAAUCUUUUUAAGGCUCGCGAAGAAAAGUAUCAAUCAAGAAUUAGAGUACUUGAGGUUCUUGCUUCUGGAGCAAGGGAAGACAAUGAGGUUGGGGUUCGAAGCCCUAUUCGGCAACAGCAACAGACUGCAGUUACGAGUGCAAUCGUGCAGCCAAAGGAACAGAGUGAGGUGACUAAAAUGGAAGAAAAGAAGGCUUUUGAAUCAAUACAGUCUGAAAAGGCUAAAGAGGAGACAAAGUCGGAAGAUAACCAAGAGGUAAUUCGGUUGAUGAAAGAGCUGGAAAAUAAAAACAUGGACAUUUCAAAAUUGAAGCAAGAGCUCGAAAUAAUGAAGAAAGGUAGCCAAGAUGUUACUAGCUCUGUGAAAGAGAUGGAAGAUAAAAACAUGGAAAUUUCAACAUUGAAGAAAGAGCUAGAAACAAUGAAGAAAGGCAACCAAGACCUUACUAAGGUUGUGGAAGAGAUGGAAAAUAAAAGGUUGGAAUUUUCGGCUUUGAAACAAGAAGUAGGAAUAAUAAAGAGUGAUGACGAGGAUGUUGCUAGGUUGACAAAAGAUCUGGAAAGCAGAAAAAUAGAAAUUGCAACGAUGAAGCAAGAACUAGAAGCAUUGAGAAAAGGAAAUCAAGAUGUUGCUGGGCUGAUGAAAGAUUUGGAAAAUAAAAGCACAGAAAUUUCAACAUUGAAGCAAGAAAUAGAAACAUUGAAAAAAGGUAACCAAGAUGUUGCUAGGCUGAUGAAUGAUCUAGAAAAUAAAAAAGCAGAAAUUUCAACAAAGAAGCAAGAAUUAGAAAACACAAUGAAAAAUGGUAACCAAGAUAUUGCUAGGCUGAUGAAGGAUCUGGAAAAUAAAAGCCUGGAGAUUUCAGCAUUGAAGCAAGAAAUAGAGACACUGAAAAAAGAUAACCAAGAUAUUGCUAGGCUGAUGAAGGAUCUGGAAAAUAAAAGCCUGGAGAUUUCAGCAUUGAAGCAAGAAAUAGAGACACUGAAAAAAGAUAACCAAGAUGUUGCUAGGAUGAUGAAGGAUCUGGAAAAUAAAAGCAUGGAGAUUUCAACAUUGAAGCAAGAAAUAGAAACAUUGAAAAAAGAUAACCAAGAUGUUACUAGGAUGAUGAAGGAUCUAGAAAAUAAAAACACUGAAAUUUCAACAAGGAAGCAAGAACUAGAAGACACAUUGAAAAAUGGUAACCAAGAUAUUGCUAAGCUGAUGACAGAUCUGGAAAAUAAAAGAACAGAAAUUUCGGCAUCGAAGCAAGAAAUAGAAACAUUGAAAAAAGAUAAUCAAGAUGUUACUAAGCUUGUGAAGGACCUAGAAAAUAAAAAUUCAGAACUUUCAACAAAGAAACGAGAAUUAGAAGAAACGCUGAAAAAUGGUAACCAAGAUAUUGCUAAGCUGAAGAAAGAUCUUGAGAAUAAAACCAUGGAAAUUUCAGCAUUGAAACAAGAAAUAGAAACAUUGAAAAAAGAUAAUCAAGAUGUUACUAAACAGGUGAAUGAUCUAGAAGAGAAAAAUGCAGAACUUUCGACAAAGAAGCAAGAAUUAGAAGAGGCAUUGAAAAAUAGUAACCAAGAUAUUGCUAGGCUGACGAAAGAUCUAGAAACAACAAAGAAAACAUAUGAUUUACAGUGCUCACAGUUGGAAGCAGAAAUCAAGGGUGCUAAAGGAGAACUGAAAGAGAAGUCACAAGAAUAUGAGCAUCAGUUGGAAUCAUUAAGUAAUAAGAUUAGAGAGAAUGAGGCCUCUUAUGAGUCCGAAUAUCAAAAGUGGAACCUAAAAGUUAUCCAAUUUCAGAAAGCUACAACUUUUCAGCUUAGUUCGAUCAAGGUCUUGAAAUUGUCUUGGGAAACUGUUAAGCAGCAUGUGCUAAAUGAGCAACCAUUUUAUGCAGAAGAGUUUAAGCGAUUAGGUGUAAAUCUUAAACCAUUGGUAGAUGCAGCUGAGAACUAUCAGGUAGUUCUUGCGGAAAAUCGGAAGAUGUUCAAUGACAUUCAAGAAUUAAAAGGAAAUAUUAGAGUAUAUUGCAGAGUUAGACCAUUUCUCCCAGGACAAAAGGAGAAACAAUCUAUUGUGGAACACUAUGGUGAAACCGAGUUGGUUGUGGCAAAUCCUUCCAAACAAGGGAAAGAAGCCCUUAGAACAUUUAAGUUUAACAAGGUCUUUGGUCCAACUGCAACUCAAGCUGAUGUAUACAAUGACAUUCAAGCCUUUAUACGAUCAGUACUCGACGGGUACAACGUAUGCAUAUUUGCUUAUGGCCAAACUGGUUCUGGGAAAACUUACACAAUGAGUGGUCCAAAUGGUGCAACAGCUGAGAGUGUUGGUGUUAACUAUCGAGCUUUGAAUGACCUUUUCAGCAUAGCAACUACCAGACAGAGCACCAUUUCCUAUGAAAUUGGGGUUCAAGUGAUUGAAAUAUACAAUGAACAAGUGCGAGAUCUGUUGACGUCUGAAUCUACUCCAAAAAAGGUUGGGAUAUUGACUCACUCCCAACCAAAUGGCUUAGCAGUACCUGAUGCUAGCAUGCAACUUGUAAAAUCAACCGCGGAUGUCAUAAAGCUGAUGGACAUUGGCCUGAAAAAUAGAGCCAAAAGUGCAACUUCUAUGAAUGAAAGAAGUAGCCGUUCUCACAGUGUGGUAUCGAUUAAUGUUCGUGGAGUAGACAUGAAGUCUGGUUCUACUCUUCAAGGCAACCUUCAUUUGGUUGAUUUGGCUGGAAGUGAGAGGGUAGAUCGGUCUGAAGUGACUGGUGAUCGACUUAAGGAAGCACAGCAUAUCAACAAAUCACUAUCUGCUCUUGGAGAUGUCAUCUUUGCUCUUGCUCAAAAGAAUGCUCAUGUGCCAUACAGAAAUAGCAAGCUUACUCAACUUCUGCAAUCUUCCCUUGGUGGUCAUGCAAAGACACUCAUGUUGGUACAAAUCAAUUCAGAUGUAAAGUCAUAUUCGGAAUCUCUAAGUACCUUGAAGUUUGCUGAGAGAGUUUCUGGUAUUGAGUUAGGAGCUGCAAAAAGUACCAAAGAUGGGAAAGAUGUCAGAGAAUUAAUGGAGCAGGUGGCUUCUCUAAGGGACACUAUUUUGUCAAAAGAUGAGGAGUAG